AUGGCAUCGAAAAAAUCAAAGACGGAUGCUUUAAUAAAAAAGACUGCUGGCUUAUCACUCAAUGAAAAUGUUAGUACAAGUACUCAAACAGCCAAUUUUUAUGCAACUCGAAAUGAAACUGAUAAAAUUAAUUUUGCUCGUCUUGAAAAAGGACUACUUUUAUUCAUAUAUAUUUAUGAAACAGCAAAAGAAAAGUUAGCAAUUGAAAUGGCUCUUUGGGAUCAUCGUCUUUGUUUUUAUAUGAUCAAAGAUGGAAAAUGUACAAAACCAUCUGGUGAAUGUUAUUAUGAACAUCAAUCAACCUAUCGACAAACAAAUCUUUGUUCUUUCUGGUAUAUAAAUAAUACGUGUCAAUUUGGUUCAAAAUGUAAAAAUUCUCAUAAUUUUGAAGAAAUAUUAAAAUAUCAUCGUAUUAUUCGUACAGAAAUUGAAAUGAAUAUAUAUAACCUUAUUCGAUUUAUUCGAAAUUUUGCCGGACAUUAUAUUGAUUCAGCAAUUAAAGAUUCAAAUGAUCAACAAGAGUUAUAUAAAGAUGUCAUUAUCAUUAUGGUACAUUUAGUGCAUAUUUUAAGUCCUAAGCAACAGAAUUCAAUUGAACAUCUGAAUUUAUUUCUUGAAACAACAACAAUAAAUCAAUUAAUUCCAGGAGAUGAUCUUCUUGUUGAACUUGAAAAACCCUAUGAUGUUUCACACAUAUUCUUUGAUCUUCAUAUGAAUUUUAAUACUCAUUGGUAUCGACGGAAUGCAAACAAACAACGUAUUGAUUUUAAUCAGUUAUCAUUAGAGUUUAUCUCAUUUUUCAACAAUAUCUUUAUUGAAUAUUAUGAAGGACGUCUUAAAUCACGUGGUGCUAAGGCACCUUGGCGUGAAAAUCAGAGAAAGACAUAA